AUGGAAGAUCCGUCGGGGACUCGCGAGCCCAGGACGCGGCCGAGAGACCCAAACAGGCCCCCGCGCUCGGACCGAGACCGGCGGCCCGAGCGACAGCAGGACCGGCACCGCGAGCGGCCGCGGGACGGAGCGGGGGACCGGCGCCGGGAGAAGAGGGGCGGCGAGCGGAGGGAGCGGGACCGGGAGCGGGACCGGGAGCGGGACCGGGAUCCCCACCAGGACAGACGCAGGGCCGGGGACUACCGCCAUGGGGAGCAAAGAGUUUUGGAGAAACCCCGCCAGAGUCGGACGCGGAACGGAGCCCGGAGGCCCACCUGGGACGCGGCCCCGCCCCCCUGGCCCGCGCCCUGGGAAACCCCGGAGUCGCCGCCCUACAGGAAGGAGGGCUACGGGCGCCGCGGACAGGAAAGUGAACCCACUUCGGGGCUGUAUCUGCCCUCGAACCCGAGGCCUGCACGGGAGGACGUGGAAUACUACCAGUCAGAGGCUGAAGGACUCCUGGACUGCCACAAAUGCAAAUACUUGUGCACGGGGAGAGGUGUGGUGCAGAUAGUGGAGGUGCUACUGAACGGGAUGGUUCUCAUGUGUAUCGUGGCUUCCUACUUCGUCCUGGCCGGGUUCAGCGCCAGCUUCACCAGCGGCGGCGGCUUCGGGAACAACUACUACUCACCGUUUGAGGGCACGGAGCUGGAACAGGUCCGGCAGCUGGACCAGCAGUACACCGUCCUCCGGGCGCCCCUGAUAUACGGCGGCGUGGCAGUGUCCCUGGGGCUGGGUGUCCUCACCAUGGGGGUGCUACUCCAAGGAGCCAAGAGUCUCGCCAAGCUGCCACGGAGGUGGCUCGUCCUGGAGGCCGCCUUCAGCCUCCUGGCCGCCGUGGGCUACUGCGCGGGCAUCGGCAUUUUCCUCCACGUGGCCCUGCGGAUCAACGCCACGGACACGUGCAAGAGGAGAGAGAGGCUCUAUGCCCGCAAGGGCCUCACCUGGAUGAACUGCCAGCUGGCGGGCACGGACGGGGCAGCCGCCACCUUUGCUUGCCUCCUGGUGAUCAUGUACGGAGUCAGCGCGGUGCUGGCCCUCCGGAGCUACCGGGAACAGAAGGUCUACAGAGACAGCCAGGAGCAGCACAGGAACUACAGGGAGGGGCCGGAGUACCCGUGGUCCGGAACUCUCUGA